AUGCGAGACUGGCUCAUUCCACGCACUUCUUUGCUGAGCAGUGCGGCGUUGGCGAAGAUACGCGAGUGCUGCACAAAACUUCCAACAUUUGGUCGGUCUUUCGCCAUGAAGUCUACCCGGCGCUGUGUCGCAAAGGUUUGA